AUGGCGGCGGCUCUGUCGGGCCUGGCUGUCCGGCUCUCGCGCUCGGCCGCCGCCCGCUCCUAUGGGGUCUUCUGCAAGGGACUGACCCGCACGCUGCUCAUCUUCUUCGACCUGGCCUGGCGGUUGCGCAUCAACUUCCCCUACCUCUACAUCGUGGCUUCCAUGAUGCUCAACGUCCGUCUGCAGGUUCACAUUGAGAUCCAUUGAACCUUCCUCGGACUGGCAGGUGUGUCCCGGGGCUCAGGGCACCAGCGAACACACAGCAUGAGGGACGGAAGGGGGACUCUUGGUGCCCGCCUCACAGAGGAGAAGGGAGCGGGCGGUGAUUCAGACAGACC